CUCCUCGUGACGGUGACGGUGACGGUAACGGGGCUGGCCGGGCUGCUGGCGGGCACACGGGCGCGCGGCGGCCGGGGAGACGAGCCUCCACAGUCGGCGGACAGCUUCUUCGUUCGCAGCCACCGAAAGACACGAAGAAGAAGCAGCAGCACAAGCCGCCCCGCCACCAUUUUCGCCCUCCGGUGCGCUUUCUUCUUCUUCUCCUCCUCCUCCUCCUUCUUCUUCUUCUUCUUGUUUUCGUCUCUCCGUGUGGACUUGAGCAGCGUUGCCAGUAAGCGAUGCGCUCGGACGAGCCCCAGGAGACCACCGCCUCGCGGGCUUGCGUUCGUCCACAUUUGGGCCGUUGACACGCGCGCUUGUGGCAAGUCAACGACGGGCUGCCGACUCGGACUGUGUGCCCGUCCGUCUUUCUCGUUUCGUGGGAAUAAAAACACGCGAGAAUGGUGCGGAAAGGAACCGCCUCUCCAGACACCUAAUAAUAGUAAUAAUAAUUACAAGAACAACAACAACGCUGCGCUGCAUAUUUGCCUUUGACUGAAAGAAGAGGAGGGAAGAAAAAACGUUGACGAGGAGUCGCUGGUCUCGGCUCUGAGCGGCACGCAGGACUUUGCUUCGCCAAGUUUGGACUCGCUUCCAAGGUGUGGCCAUGCUUUCCCUGGACGAGCCCCUAGACCUAAAGCUCCCUCGCCGGACCAAUGGGCGGGACCGGGGGUCGCGCUCGCCCCCCCUUUCGCCGCCGGUCCCCAAGCGGGCUCGCCAUCUCCGCAUGGCGGACGACGGCACCGUGGUCAUCGAUCCCGCCUCCCCGGCGUCACCGCACACAGGUACGCAGGCCGUCCCCCACGACCGGACAGAUACCCCCACGCCCCCCGCGGUGGAUCUGAGCAUGUCUCCCUCCUCCCUUCGUCACACGCCCACCUCGCCUGAGAUGACCAAUGGCAACUACGCUCCCUCACUGAAUUCCCAGCUCUCGCAAGCCUUUCAGUUUUUCGUGCCAAUCGGAGCCGGGGCGGGACUUCACCUGCCAUCCUCCAUGUUCUUUGGCCAGACGAGCGACACAAGGGCCUCUCCCGACCUCUCGGCAGACGAACAGCUGGCUUGCCGCUGGAAGAAGUGCCACCUGCUCUUUGACUCUCUUCAAGACCUGGUGGACCACGUCAACGACUUCCAUGUCAAGCCAGAGAAGGAGACAGGGUACUGCUGCCAUUGGGAGGGCUGCGCUCGCAAAGGGAGGGGGUUCAACGCCAGGUACAAGAUGCUCAUCCACAUCCGCACGCACACCAACGAGAAGCCUCAUCGCUGUCCCACCUGCAACAAGAGCUUCUCGCGCCUAGAGAACCUCAAGAUACACAACCGCUCGCACACAGGUGAGAAGCCCUACAUAUGUCCGUACGAGGGUUGCAACAAGCGCUACUCCAACUCAAGCGACCGCUUCAAACAUACGCGCACACACUAUGUGGACAAGCCCUACUACUGCAAGAUGGUGGGCUGCCUGAAGCGCUACACAGACCCCAGUUCUCUACGCAAGCACAUCAAGGCCCACGGCCAUUUUGUGGCUCAGGAGCAGGGCUCUCCGGGUGGGGUGGGGUCCUCGCUGAAGGGAAGUCAAAGCGGAGGUUUCGCUAGCGGGGGUGGUAAGGAUUCAAAGAUGUCCUAUGUGAGCGGGGCGCACAUCAUCGUCCCUGGGCCGGGGGCUCUCCUAGGUGCCCGCAGUCUACAGGGCGUGGGCGGAUCCCUUCCGCUGUCCCCCCUCAGUCCUCGACCCCUGGACCUCAGCACAUUGGGUUGCCCUAGCUCUCCCCCAGGCGGCUUUGGAGGCGCUUCCGUCUUGUCAUUCAACGGCUCCGCUCUAGGCCUGGCCAAGUCGUCUCUGCUCUCCACGGCGUUCGCCUCCUCGACCCUGUGCGUGCCCGUGGUGCCCAUGCUGGGGGCGGGCGCCGAGCGUAGGGCCCAGAGCCUGCGGGCCAAGAAAGGUCGAGGGGAGGAGGCUGAGAACCGGGUUACUGGGGGGGUGCUUAACCUUUCCACAGGAGGGUCUCAUGAUCCCUUGUCCUGGGUGGUCACCCCCCCAGGCACCGUGGUGCUCAAGCCAGCUGUGGUCAACUGAUACACACACACACACACACAUUCCAGAAGAGCUCAGGGGGUCGGGAUGGGAGCGUGAACGUACAGGCGGUCCAGGCUGGCGAGGGGGGGGAUCGGUCCACACAAUAGCUUCAAAGAGGAUAGAAUACGUACAACGAUAUGGAGACUUAGACGACGCCACAUUUUAGGAGAGUUGUAGAACGCGGGCCUCUUUUGUUGUGGAGGGGCUCAAGAAUAUUUGUAUAACGCAGCCUGACCAGGGCUCCUCGUUUCUUGUUUGAUACUUUAUUCGUUCCUUGCUUGUCGGUUCUGUGGACGGAGCCCGUGAACGUGAUAGUCUUACAAAAGUCCUUCAAUUCUUUCCGGUAUUUAUAAAAGAUUAUCGACCGUGUGCCUCUCGCCGAGCAGUGAGAUAAUAGACGAACUCUCAGCUGGGCAAAUGCGCACGUUGCUUUGUUUUUGAUCGUAUGACUUCCAGGCUUCUGUGUUUCAGACAAGCUUGCCGGACCAAAGCAAGUGAACGUAAAGCGUCUUAAACGGUUCGGUUACACACAGCACUUAACCUGGUUAUAGUCACGAAACCUCAAAACUGCUGCUAACCUCUUGGUGUGACUGGGAGCUAGUCUCUUUUUUUUUUUUUUGACAAUCUAUCCCCCAUUUUGGGGAGGCCGACCAACGUGGACUAGCCCGGUCCAGCGUAAUGUCUUGCCAGGCAUUGCAGACCUGGAGCUUUUAGAGCAAUCCGAGGACAGACAAACGGUGUUACAUCACCUGGCAAAGACCAAUAAUGACUUCCUCUUUAGAAAAUGGAAGGCACUGUAGUUUUGGCUCCCCCCAGUGGCAGAAUGAGAGGCACAACAUCCCCAUUGGAUAGGAUUGGCACAACUUUUUUGCUCCUGGAUUGUCCAGCUGCUUUCCCGUAAUGGAAUCAACACGGCCAGUUUGUGUACGAAAGGCCCACUGUGGUGAUAAACACUGGUGUCUUGUGUUUUCUUAAAGAGCGACCCGGCUGAAAACCAGCUGUGAAAAACAGAUGGCCGUCCACGAACUGCUUCACUUAGUCGGUGGAUGUUUUGUUCUGCGUUCAACAAACUGUGCCAAAAAUGUAACGUAGGUAAAGUGAGAUGUACGCAUUGAGCCGGGGGGGGGUUCCAAACACUCAGUGAAAAGUACAGCUGGACUGACAAUGAAGCCACACUUUAGCAAACUGCCUCAUUUGAAGAAGAAGAAAGAUUUUGGUUUGAUUAAGCAGUCGCCAUGCACUUAGCAUAGAUGCCAUUUCUUCUUCUACGUUUUAUGGAACGUUACUGUCGAUUUUAGCUGUUGGGCGGGUGGGGCGCAAAACGGCUGAGGAGACACAGAGAGGAUCAACACAUUGACCAUUUCCCUCAAGAGAUUUCCAUCUCCUCCUCCUUCCAUCUGUUCCAUCGGAAGCUUUCGCUUGGCCGGCGCCCACUUUUAGAUAAACCUUGUCGCCACCUUCCAUAUAUAUUUUAUCUGUAUGUGUUUGGACGAGACAUUCUUUUUCUGAUGUUGAAUUUGCUUCGCUCGUUCUGUGUGAAAGCUGCUCUGACUUCAGCUUCUCUGCUGUCUAACGGCUGAGUCUUGAUGAGGUUGAAGAGGAGGAUGAGGCGGUGUGGGAUGCGCCUGUUGAUUUCCAGAGAAGAAAUGUUUGAAGUGCUCCGCAAGUGGACAAUGAAUUAGAUGAGAGCAGGCAAGUCAGAAUAGUGUAGGUUUUCAUCUUCAGUAGGGGCAAGGAAGUGGAUGCUGUAUCCCGAUUAGUCACCGGGAACAAAUAAAUGGCCCCUAAAAUAGACUUCUCCCUUUCCAAUCAGGGGAAAAGGUGCAAUGAUCUCAGUUCUUAGGUUUUCUUGUUCACGUGGCCGUUUAAGAGUUGCACUCUCUUCCUCCGGCUUAGAUAAGAGGAAAUACCGUGAUUACAAGUCAUUUGUGACCGGUCCUUCGGCUGAAGAGAAUCUCUCGCCAUGAGCAAUGUCAUCAGAAGCAGGUGCUAAGUAGGCGAGACGUUUCAGUUUCCAUGGCAACAGUGAAACCCACAGAUGUAUCGGUGGCUUUCCUCCUCCUCCUCCUCCUCCUCCUCUUCUUCUUCUUGACUGUUUCCCCUCGGCAGGUAAAGCUGAGGACAGCCUCGGCUCGGCAGCAGAGAUCUGGAUGACAUGCGGCUCCUCACAGGAUUUACACGGCGUCCGUAUCAAAUAAGCUCCAUUCAUCAAUUUAACCCUCAAGUUCUGUCUGUAAUAAAGUUGCACUUUUUGAUCCCGUCGUAGGUCGUGGGAGGCUCGUCCAUCCCGUGUGUAGCGCUUCAUUCAUAGAGUCAUGUAUGUAAAACAAAAAACAAUUAUCCACUGAAUUUAAUACAUUCUAAAAGCGGUACUUGCUCCAGGAGAUUUUAAACGACACCAGUGGGGGUGAUAAUGUGUGUUCACAAGCUCGGUCAGUGUCAUUUGAAAAAGGGGUGUCAUUGACUGGAGUGCUGGUGUUGCACAAAGGGUUAAUAGUUAAGACGAAGGCCAGUCGAGGCCUGUUCCAAGUUCUUUUCUUUUUUUCUUUUUUUGCACAUUUAAAUCGAGAUAUAGUCCCCUCCAAAAGUGUUGGAACGGCAAGGUCAAUUCCUUUGUUUUUGUUGUGUACUGAAGACAUUUGGGUUUCAGAUCAAAAGAUGAAUAUGAGACAAAAGUUCUGAAUUCCAGCUUUUAUUUCAUGGCAUUUACACCGAGAUGUGUUAAACCACUCAGGACAGAGCACCUUUCGUUUCAAGCCCCCCACUUUUCACGUGAGCAAAAGUAUUGGAACACGUGACUGAUGGGUGUUUCUAGUUACUCAGGUGUUGCCUUUUAGAUUGAUCGCUUAAACAUAAGCACCAAGUGGAAGGUCUUAGACUGCCCAAGUCAAUCACCGGACCUUAACCCAAUAGAGCAUGCAUUUUACCUCCUGAAGGGGAGAGUGAAGGGGAAAACCCCCCAGAAACAAACAAGAACUAAAAGAGGCUGCAGUAAAGGCCUGGAAAAGCAUUUCAAACGAAGAAUGCAACAGUGUGGUGAAGUCAAUGGGUCUUACUUGCAAUAACUUGAUGCAGUUAUUGCAAGUAAGGGUUAUGCCACCAAAUAUUCAAUGUUAUUCACUUGAAGUUCAUUUAAUAAGGUCUGUUCCAAUACGUUUGCUCCCUUGAAAAGUGGGUGGCUUCAAACAAAAGGUGCUCUGCCCUGAGUUAUUUAACACAACUCGAUGUAAAUACCAUGAGAUGAAAGCUGGAAUUCUUUUGUCUCAUAUUCAUCUUUUGAUCUGAAACCCAAAUGUCU